AUGAAGCUCGGUCAAGCCGCAGCUGCAGUGGCCAACUCGCGUGUCGUUGAUCGACAUGAGGAAGAUAUCACAACGCCGACCACCGCCUCUACAAUCUCACAGACUUGCCAACAGGGUCAGAAGCUUCAGUCCAUCCCAAAAAUUUCUCCCGGAUCUGGUACAGGUGUGGUGGCCACCGCCUCACUCUCAUCAUCCUUUUCUCUGCCUAGACAGACUGACAGCAUCAGUAUUAAUUUUCAAGGCGGCCAUCAGCAAACGGGCUUAAUGGGUGGCGCCAGCGGCUGGCAGACUGGCUCGGAAGCAGGUACAGCCUCUCUCUCAGACAAUCAUCAACAACAGCAGCAGACUUUUGCUUCUGAGUGCACCAGUAGAAAUCCUUCGGGAGCUGGUAUAGCUAUAGCAGCAGCAACAGCAUCAACACCUCGCUACUACUCUCAAGCUAUGGCCAACUCCUCGGGUCUGAUUUGCCUCGGCAAUGCAGAAAAAAUGGGGCUAUUUGACGGUUCCGCUCCUCCACAGCCAGCUAAGCGUCAUAGCUUGUUACAAUCGAGCCAGCGAGAUGCAUCAACCGGAGUAGUAGUUGGUCCUGGGCACUUACUCGAUACUGUGGAAACUGUGGUAUGCAGUCAAUUAUUGAUUAAUUUGGUAAAAAAUAGACAAAUAUCUGAUAACUCAUUGAAAGGCUCAUUUACUAAACAUUCAAUAGUGUAA